UCUAGAAAUUUACAACAAAUACUCAUCCUGUUAAAAUUAGGCUGUCCGCUCUCAGAUUGGGGAAUGACCCAUAUAGUCUAUAAAUCUCAAAUACCAUUAAUAACAAACAGUAGCCACAAACAACAGAAACUUGGAAUGAGGAUUCAUCAAUUCAUCGCCAUUGCUUUUGUUCUUACAUUAUCUCCAACUACUUCAGCUCAUUUCUUUCCAAAUAUUUCUUCAAUCCCUUCUUCUUUACUCAAACCCAAUGCCACUGCUUGGACUUCUUUUCAAAAGUUAUUAGGAUGUCAACCCGGUCAGAAAGUCGAUGGCAUUGCUAAAAUCAAAAAAUAUUUUCAACAUUUUGGAUACAUUAAUACUUUCACUACUUCUAAUUUCACUGAUGAAUUUGAUGAUACUCUUGAAUCUGCUCUAAAGACCUACCAGCGAAAUUUCAACCUCAACACCACCGGUGUGCUUGAUGCGCCCACCAUUCAGCAUCUCAUAAAACCCAGAUGUGGAAAUGCCGAUGUAGUUAACGGUACUAGUACUAUGAACGCUGGCAAGCCGCACACUGUGGCUCACUACUCUUUCUUUCCUGGAAGACCAAAGUGGCCGGAGAGUAAGACAGAUUUGACUUAUGCGUUUCUACCGGCAAACAAUUUGACGGUUGAUAUUAAGAGUGUGUUCUCACGUGCGUUUGAUAGGUGGUCGGAGGUAACCCCGUUGAGCUUCACCGAAAUAGCGUCAUUUCAAUCGGCUGAUAUUAAGAUCGGAUUUUUUACCGGAGAUCACAAUGAUGGAGAGCCGUUUGAUGGUCCGAUGGGGACAUUAGCGCAUGCUUUUUCUCCGCCGGCGGGACAUUUUCACUUGGACGGCGAGGAAAAUUGGGUCGUUGAUGGUGUGCCGGUAAUUGAUGGGAACUUUUUUUCUAUAUUGUCGGCGGUGGAUCUUGAAUCGGUUGCGGUUCAUGAAAUUGGGCAUUUAUUGGGUUUGGGUCAUUCAUCGGUAGAAGAUUCGAUUAUGUAUCCGAGUUUAGAAGCGGCGGGUAUCCGAAGAGUGGAGCUAGUGGAUGAUGAUAUUAAGGGGGUUCAGGAAUUAUACGGGUCAAACCCGAAUUAUACAGGGACCAAUACAACAUUGACUCCGAGCGGCCAGGAUAAUGAUACAAAUGGUGCCCCGAUUCGUAGCUCAUUAUGUGGGUUUUUAUUGGUUGUUGGAUUUUUCUUCGCAUUCAAUUCAAUUUAAAAACACUAUUCGAUUAGCUGUACUAUUAUGACCUUUUGUUCCCUUUAUAUAAAAAAAAUUGUAUCAAUUGUAUAUGUUAAUAUUGUAUUGAUUGUGGUUGCAAAUUGAUAGUUGUAUAGA